CCAUGUGGGGAAGCCUCAUCCCCGGUCCAGAAGAGAGCCCAGCUCCUUCCCUGCACCCCAUCAUGGUAGCGAGAUGAAGGUGCAGCUGCCAGGGUCCAGCCUUCUGCAGGGGCGCGUGGGAACGGGACACCUGAGGGCAGGGGCCUUCACACUCUUCUCCUUGACCCCCAUGGAUGAGCACACCGGCAUGGUCGCGGCUGCAGUGACAAGUGGCUUAGCCCCAGAAGUUGCUGACAAGUGGCAAGCAGUAUGAAUGAGCUCUCGCUCCUGUCACUGUACCACUGAGGCAAGAUCCAAAGCUGAGCACCAAGAACUAGUUUGUGUCCUUGGCAGAUGGGCAUUGGUGUCAUUGGCUGACCAGCAGCAUGGAGACCACGCCCUUGAAUUCUCAGAAAGCACUGUCAGCGUGCAAGGACAGAGAGGACUGUCAAGAAAAUGGUGUUCUACAGAAGGGUGUCCCCACCCCAGGGGACAGGGCAGAGCCUGGCCAAAUAUCCAACGGGUACUCUGCAGUUCCCAGCAGGAGUGCUGGAGACGAAGCUCCACACUCCAUCCCAGGGGCCACCAUCACCCUGGUGGCUGAGAUUCGCCAAGGGGAGCGGGAGACCUGGGGCAAGAAGAUGGAUUUUCUCCUGUCCGUCAUCGGCUAUGCUGUGGACCUGGGCAACGUCUGGCGUUUUCCCUACAUUUGCUACCAGAAUGGCGGAGGGGCCUUCCUCCUCCCCUACACCAUCAUGGCCAUCUUCGGGGGGAUCCCGCUGUUCUACAUGGAGCUUGCGCUGGGUCAGUACCACCGAAAUGGGUGCAUUUCUAUAUGGAGGAAGAUCUGCCCGAUUUUCAAAGGGAUUGGCUUUGCCAUCUGCAUCAUCGCCUUUUAUAUCGCCUCCUACUACAACACCAUCAUAGCCUGGGCACUCUACUACCUCAUCUCCUCCUUCACGGACCGGCUGCCCUGGACCAGCUGCCAAAACUCUUGGAACACUGGCAACUGCACCAACUAUUUCUCUCAGGACAACAUCACCUGGACACCCCAUUCCACAUCGCCUGCUGAAGAGUUUUACUUGCGCCAUGUUCUGCAGAUCCACCAAUCUAAGGGACUCCAGGACCUGGGGGCCAUCAGCUGGCAACUUGCUCUCUGCAUCAUGCUCAUCUUCACCAUUAUCUACUUCAGCAUCUGGAAAGGCAUCAAAACAUCUGGCAAGGUGGUGUGGGUGACAGCCACCUUCCCUUACAUCGUCCUGUCUGUCCUGCUGGUGAGGGGAGCCACCCUUCCUGGAGCCUGGAGAGGGGUCAUCUUCUACUUGAAACCCAACUGGCAGAAACUCCUGGAGACCGGGGUGUGGGUAGAUGCUGCCGCUCAGAUCUUCUUCUCUCUGGGGCCCGGCUUUGGGGUCCUCCUGGCUUUUGCUAGCUACAACAAGUUCAACAACAACUGCUACCAAGACGCCCUGGUGACCAGCGUGGUAAACUGCCUGACGAGCUUCAUGUCCGGCUUUGUCAUCUUCACGGUCCUUGGCUACAUGGCUGAGAUGAGGAACGAAGACGUGUCUGAGGUGGCCAGAGACGCCGGCCCCAGCCUCCUUUUCAUCACGUAUGCAGAGGCUAUUGCCAACAUGCCAGCAUCCACAUUCUUUGCCAUCAUCUUCUUCCUCAUGUUAAUCACGCUGGGCUUGGAUAGCACGUUUGCAGGCCUGGAAGGUGUGAUCACCGCUGUGCUGGAUGAGUCCCCACACAUCUGGGCCAAGCGCCGGGAGUGGUUUGUGCUCAUCCUGGUCAUUAUUUGCGUCUUGGGAUCCCUGCUCACACUGACCUCUGGAGGGGCGUACGUGGUGGCGCUGCUGGAGGAGUAUGCCACGGGGCCUGCGGUGCUCACGGUGGCCCUCAUUGAAGCCGUGGCCGUGUCGUGGUUCUAUGGGAUCAGUCAGUUCUGCAGUGACGUGAAGGAGAUGCUUGGCUUCAGCCCGGGAUGGUUCUGGAGGAUCUGCUGGGUGGCCAUCAGCCCCCUGUUUCUCCUGUUCAUCAUUUGCAGUUUUCUGAUGAGCCCGCCCCAACUGCGGCUUUUCCAAUAUAACUAUCCCCACUGGAGCAUCGUCUUGGGAUACUGCAUAGGGACGUCGUCUGUCAUCUGCAUCCCCGCCUAUAUCGUUUACCGGCUGAUCAGCACUCCGGGGACACUUAAGGAGCGCAUUAUCAAAAGUAUCACUCCUGAAACACCAACAGAGAUUCCCUGUGGGGACAUCCGCCUGAAGGCCGUGUAACGCGCCAGUAAGAGGAAAGGGCUGCCCAGCCGGCUCUCCCACUCCGAAAAGCCCACCCCAACCUCUCCCCUCUAAGCCGGGCCUGAUGAGGCAAGGUCUUUCUUCAAGGAGACGCAGCCCUCGAGACUUCGGCGCCCAGGCUGCCGAGUCAGCCACCUCUUUCCGUGACGUCCCUGGAACACGCUGCCACAUGAGAUGGUGACCCAGCUCAGCUGGCCUCUUUUGGACACGGGAGGGAGCGUAAGGAGGGGGUGAAAACUGUGCACUCAUCAGCCUUAGGUUUAGAAUUAAGUCUGUGAAAGCCUGUACCGUUUUUUUCUGGUGUGACCGUAUUAUCUCACAUCCGCUUCCAAAGCCUCCAUUGUUCAUGAAUGCACACACCGCCUGAGAGAAGACAAGGAUGUCUCGCCAGCCAUCUGUUUUCUCAGUAGCAUAGGAUCCUAUAGCCGGAAUCUGCUAGACCCUUCUAACCCGAGUGCUGCUGUGAGGUUAAAAAAGGAAGCUGUAAAGACGCUAAAUGGAAAAUUGACGUGUAUGUGUGCGCUUUGGUGUCUGUACGUUCGUGUCUCUGUGCUCUGACUCCCAGUACUCUGGGUCCAUUACACACUAUAUAAACGGCCUCUAAUUUUUCUUACAUUAAACAAAUUCC